GUCCAGACAAUCAGUUCGCGGGCGCAAAUUCCUCUUUUUCCUAUUUUGAUAUUUCAAAAUGCACCCUGACACUCAAAUCCUCAUCGUCGGUGCCGGCGCCUUUGGCACCUCGACGGCCUAUCACCUCUCACAGCGAGGCUACAGAUCCAUCCGCGUGCUCGACCGCUACCCAACGCCAUCACGCGAAGCCGCGUCAACUGAUAUCAGCAAAGUCAUUCGCAGCGACUACAAUGAACCGCUGUAUGCCAAAAUGGCUAUUGAGUCCAUCGAGGCGUGGCGCAGCUGGGACAUGUUCAAUGGGCUGUACCACGUCCCUGGUUGGAUUCUGAGUGCAAAUAAGCUCUCAGUCCCGUUCGUCGAAGGCUCAUUUGAAACCUCCAAGAAACUCAAUGUCCGCGGUCUCGAGCGUCUGACCCCAGAUCAGAUCCGUGCUCGGCUGCCGCUGGUGACGGGGGGAUUGGACGGGUGGAAUAUCAAUGUUUGGAAUCCAACGGCCGGGUGGGCGAAUGCGGGUGAAGCGUUGCAUCAAAUGGCCCUGGCGGCGGAGAGAAGUGGUGUCGAGUAUGUGACCGGUGACAGGGGGUAUGUGCAACAGCUUGUCAAUUCGUCAGGGGUUUGCAGGGGCGUAGUUACUCUCGACGGAUCGGUGCAUAGGGCGGAUAUUGUUAUCAUGGCUGCUGGCGCAUGGAUGCCUAGUCUGAUCGAUCUCAAGGGCCAGUUGACUGCCAAGGGCCAUGCUGUUGCUCACAUCCAGAUGACUCCCGAAGAGACCCAACGAUACGCAUCACUCCCCAUCCUUGACAAUCUUGAACAAAGCUACUUCUUCCCGCCGCAAAAAGAUGGUGUGUUCAAAAUGGCCCAUAGCCAGUUCAUCACCAACACCACGACGAGUCCCAUAUCUGGAAUCACGACUUCAAUCCCGCACACAUUCACGCAAUCGCCCGCUGACGAUCUGCCGCUGGAUAUUGAAGCAACGAUGCGGAGGAAUCUGAAACAGGUGUUUCCAGAGUUGGCACAUCGUCCGUUUUGCUAUACUCGGCUGUGCUGGGAUGCUGAUAUGGCGGAUCGCCAUUUCCUUGUUACGCGACAUCCCAAUCAUCAGGGGCUUUAUAUUGCUACGGGAGGCUCGGCUCACGGGUUCAAGUUUCUGCCGAUUAUUGGUAAAUAUGUUGCAGAUCUGAUAGAGGAUAGGCUUGAUGCAGAGAUUGUGCGUCAUUGGCGAUGGCGGGCAGGAGAGGAUGUUAAUACCAAAAACCUGGCGCAUUUGGAUCCGGAGCUGGAGUUGGAUGACCUGGUGGGGUGGCGUGGGAGACGAGUCCGAGAGAGUCAGAGAGACAGUAUAGCUAAAUUAUAG